AUGGCGCCAUCAUCGGCUUUCAUUUCAAGUUAUUGUGGAUUCUUGCUGCACUUUACAUUCAAUCAAAACGACAAUAAGAACGUGCAAAUUACGUUGCAAUGUUUUCAAUUAUAUCAUGGCGUCCAGUGGAAUUGCUAUGGCCAAAGUUAUUCUUUAAGUUGGGAAAAUAGCUCUUGCCAUAGCCAAAUAAUAAAUACGGCGAACAAUGUCCUCGAUUACUUAACGCACACUCAAAAAUGUUACUUAGCAUUAUUGCAGCAAAACGAUCAUGCUUCAGCAACAUGCUACCUAAUACAGGUUGAGCUGGUGGAUCAACCUCGUCUUGUACCGAUUCGUCGUUGGUUUAUUCCUCAAUUUCUGUGGGAUAAAAAUAUCCAAAUCGCGAUCUUGAAUGGACCUUCCAUUUAUCUUAUUGAUUCAUCCACAAUAACUAUCCUUAAGCAUGAUCUUAAUCAUGAAAAUGGCUCACACCAGAUUCAUCAAUUGAAUAAUCCUUUUCUUGGCCAACGUCAACUUUCUACUCCAGUUGUUGACCAUGCCAGUCAUACUGACCUCCAAUUGCCUCGAUAUUGUUGCUUUUUACAAUCGUUCAAUUUAAAUACCAAACAUCCUAUAGAUGCAAUCGGUAAAGUAGAAAUGAGUUCCAACCCAUCGUGCCCUUCUUCAGCAAAACAGAAAUGUUACAAACUGCAAUCAAUAAACUUAAACAUCGAAACUACUACUCCAACCGUACUCGAUUCAGAUAGCAUCAUUCCUGAUAUUUAUUGCAAUAUCUUAACGUGCUUUACGUUGGUUUCCGACCUUCACCAGCUACAAGUAUUAACUAAAUCCUAUACAGCCAAUAGGAUGAAUACUAGUGAUACAAAUUAUAUCAUCUUUGCUUGUACAAGUCAAUGCCAACUUGUUGAAUUCUUGCAUGCUAAGCUUGUUAGACUGUAUAAAAUUCCUUUCGGUAAUGCGAUAGAUGUAGCAUGUGUAAUGAUUGAAGGUAAUAAUUAUAUAUGGAUUAAAUCUGCUGAUGACCACAUUUGCAUUAUUAACCAUCAAACUCAGCAGAUUAUUGAAAAUAGGAGCAACGUUAGGCAUGUACUUAUAGACGAUUUUGCUGGUCUUGGUCACGAUCAAAUUCUUUUCUUGUUUGAAGAUUAUCCAGGGAUUAAAAAUUUCAACGAACACUAUGCUCUUCUGGAUUUAAAUGACUUCAUUUCUAGAAAAUCUGAGGAAUCUGUCAAUCAAGAGCAUGCAGAAAGUAAGUCGGUAAAAUAUCCUGGACAAAUUAUGGCAAUUAAAGCGUUGGAUGCUAGGAUACAGAAUCUAGCUGCUCAGCUUCAUGAAUUACGCUGUAAAUUAAAACAGAAGCAAGACUUUGCAGCUAAAACACUUCAACUGGUUUCACAAAUAGGAAACGGGUUGCCCCCGUCUCCAGUCGUAGAUUCUACAGAUUUGUUUACCUUGAUUGAUGGAUCUGAAGAAUUAGGAUCAAAUGAUAAUAAAACGUCGAAAAUAAACCUUGGUAAAGUUAUCAUAUCUAUUAAGCAUUGGACUAUUACCGAUGAUCGACUUAUAAUUGCCUUCGAAAUAGACAAUAAAUCAGAGAGCUAUCUCUCAUCAAUAGCAAUCGUUCUAGUAAGUAAUGAUAACGAAAGCCGAACAACGAUCACAUUACCCGUUUCGAAUAUUCGACAGACUGAAGAAACUUUAAUUCCUUCUGAUGCCAAAAGGCAAAAAAUAUCUGCUGAAGCCGAUAAUAGUACCGAAGAUGAUACAAUCAACUCGAUUAAACCUGGGACGAAAGUUCAAAUCGUAACCGUAACGGAAUUGCCAAAUUUCAUAUUGACUGAUUAUUGUGACAUUGACAUAUUAUGCGCUUUGAAGCAAGAUUUUACUGAAGAAACAGUUAGAAAUUUCUUAAUUUGUUACGGUGGUACCAUAAGACUGACACCUGAUGAUUUUAUAAAACAUAUUUCUACAAGUCCUCAGCUCGAAAUCUGUAGUUGUUUAAAAUUAUCAGAAGCUAAUAUAAACAAGGUUGCAGUUGAGCUAUUAGUUCACCUGAAUCACAUCAACAACAAUGAUAUCGUUGAGAAUAUGAUUGGUAAACUAAAGUUGUCCCAUGACCUUCAAGAAACGUUGACAACAUCAGAUCAUAAGAAACAAAGCACUCUGUUACCAAUGUCUAAAACACUCGUUGGAUCAUCCGGCUUACGUUUCACCAUAUUUACAUCUGAUGGCAAAACUUUUAAUAUUAAAAUUUUUGCAAGGGAUUUUAGAUUGCUUGCAUUAAUUCUACGACUAGUUGUAUCAUUCCUUCCAAAUGAUUCUUUUAUACGGCCUAAAAUAUUAGAGAGUGCAUCCUUCAAGAAAGUAAUUGAAGCUGCUAGUGAUGCAAUUGCCAAUUACCUUAAUCCGUCUUUUAAUGUUCAUCAACAAGCGUUAAAAGCUUCUAAUGAUAAACCGAAUACCAACAUCCACUUAAAAAUAAUUGAUGAUGACUCACAGUUAGUAAAGUGUACAGACAAAAUAUUAUUGGCCUGCAUCUUUACGGAACUGAUAAAACUAUUUCGAGAUUAG